UGAUGUUGGGGUACAUAGUCCUGCUGUCCGUGCUGUCCACGUGUGUGGGAGCGGCAAAUAUCUGCUGUGCUCCUGAUAAGUGGUUCGCCCACAAAUUCACCGCUGGCCUUCUCAUGAAAACAAUAGAGGGGGUGAAUGUUCCCAUCUCCGAUGACGGGAAUUCUGAAGAAUACUUUGAUUCCGUCAGUGAAAGGUCGGUUACUGUGGGCAACUACAGCCUCGACGACACCGCAGGGGAAUCUAAAACCAUAUCCGACCACAAGGCGAAUCGGCGUUAUAAGAUCGAUCUCAAGAAGAAAACAUGCACAGUCGAAACGUUUACCGAUCCAUUUGAGAAGUUCUGUGUGACAGAUCAAUUCACAAAAGUGUAUGAAUAUGUUCUUGGAUUCGGAAGUAACACCCUGUCAUCAACAGCUUACAAAGCAGAGAAAAGCGGAGUUGUAGAAGUCGUUCAAGUCUCGAAAGAGUGCAUUCCUGUACAAGCAUACACAGUUGGUAAAGACGAAAACUACUUCCUGGAGACAGUUGGCUAUACAACCUUCGGUUCAGACUUCGAGGACUCUGUCUUUGAUGUCCCCGAUUACUGCCCAAAGUGUUCAGAGGCCACGGAAAAACAUGAGACUCUCUCUUUUCAAGAGAUCCCUCUCCCGUGGAGAAGAUUUGUCAAACUGUAACAAGAACCCCUCCGGAUGCCACCACAGAAAUGAAUGCUCAGCGGGUUUUUUUAUCUCAUGAAACGAGAAUUUAAGGAAGAACAAAACAAUGUGUCAUCUCACAAUAUCUGCUGUAAUUCUUUCUUCCUGAUUGCGUACAGGGAAUCCUUAAAACGUAUGAAUCGCUGUAAAUCUUAGGUCGAAAGAAAUAUCUAUAUCCCUACGUUGAUCAGCUCACAAAGAGUGAUAUUAGUUUUACGAUGCUUUGAGCAAUAUUCAAGCAAUAUCACGGUUAGGGACACCAGAAAUAGACAUCACACAUUGCACCUAUGUGUUGAAUCGAACGUCUUCGGCGUGACGAGCGAACGCUUUAACCACUAGGCCACCACACCGACCCUGCUGGAAGUGACGCAGGACCCGGGUUGUUUGGUCUUGUUAUAAUGGUCGAGGAGCAACGCAGAUCAACAGGUAUUAUUCUGAUCUCGUAUAUUAUCCCUAAUCGGUUAACACAAAUGCAUUAGUGCUUGUGCAGCUAGGGUCGCUGGGGUGGCCUAGCGGUUAAAGCGUCUGCUCGUCACGCCGAAGACCCGAGUUCGAUUCCCA